GAUAUACAUUCUUGUUCCACUGCAGAUUCAGACAAGAGAUUCUCCGAACAAAAGUGAAACGACCAGUGAUUUCGACCUAAUAAAGAAGAAAUGUUGAGAACCGCUGUUGCGGUGUGCCGUGCUUUCGCCGCACCACUAUCGACGGAUCAAAGUAGUUCGAAUACUGCAGUAUCGCAAACAAAAUUUGGGGGAGACAGAAACACCAAAUUGCAUUAUUCCCAUACGUAUAAAGAAAUUGGUGGUUGGCUGUCGACGAACAGUGCCAUGACACUAACAAGAGGCUAAAACCCACCGCGGCGGACCAGAAACGCGUUUGCUCGGCCGAUUCCCGUGAAGUGAACGGAUAAUCUGUCAACAAUUGGCAGCUCGUGCAUUCGGGGGAACACGUUGGAAAGUUGAAGCAGUGCUGUGGAACUGUUAGAAUAUUGCGGCGGUACCAAGGACUGAGGAUGCCGCUUUUCGGUAAAAAGGACUCGAACAAGAAGAUCAAAAAAGAUGGGAAAGAUGACAAAUCCCCGUCCGUUGAGGACAAAUACGUCUUGAAGGAGCUGCUGGGAACAGGUGCUUUCUCUGAAGUACGCCUGGCAGAAAGUAAAGAAAAGCCUGGUCAGAUGUUUGCAGUGAAGAUCAUUGACAAAAAAGCCUUGAAAGGGAAAGAAGAUUCUUUAGAAAAUGAAAUCAAAGUAUUACGAAGGCUAACACAUCCAAACAUUGUUCAACUAUUGGAAACAUUUGAGGAUAAGCAUAAAGUUUAUUUAAUUAUGGAGCUGGUUACCGGUGGAGAGCUUUUCGAUAGAAUAGUUGAAAAAGGUUCCUAUACAGAAAAGGAUGCAUCAGGUUUAAUAAGACAAAUCCUUGAAGCUGUGGACUAUAUGCAUGAACAGGGUGUCGUACAUAGAGAUCUAAAACCUGAAAAUCUUUUGUAUUAUAGUCCAGAUGAAGAUAGUAAGAUUAUGAUUAGCGAUUUUGGUUUAUCAAAAAUGGAGGAUUCUGGUAUCAUGGAGACUGCCUGUGGUACUCCAGGAUACGUUGCACCAGAAGUCUUAGCACAAAAACCGUAUGGAAAAGCAGUUGAUGUUUGGAGCAUAGGUGUUAUAUCUUACAUUUUAUUGUGUGGAUACCCGCCGUUUUAUGACGAAAACGAUGCUGUCUUGUUUGCACAAAUUUUAAAAGGUGAAUUUGAAUUUGAUUCGCCGUUCUGGGACGAUAUCAGUGAUUCUGCAAAGGAUUUCAUUCACAAGUUGAUAUGUGUCAAUGUUGAAGAGCGCUAUACUUGCAAACAAGCCCUUGCACACCCUUGGAUAUCCGGCAACGCGGCUAGCAAUAAAAAUAUCCAUGGUACUGUAUCGGAACAACUUAGAAAGAAUUUCGCCAAAUCAAAGUGGAAGCAAGCCUAUCACGCAGCCAGGGUCAUACAUCAAAUGCAACGGCUGGCUCUCAACAGCAGCCAGCAGCAGCAGGGACCAGGAUCAACAGGCCCCUCCAGCGGCAACCUCACGCCAUACCCCGAUCAAUCGCAAUCCAACAACCCCAGUUACCAAGCCAGAUCGUUGGAGUCUCAGAGCAACCUCAAUUGAAGCAAAUACUUGAGCCACCGUUGCCCGUAUCAAGCUUGGUGGUCUCGAAUCCUAUUCCCAUUCCGGUCACCCCAAACUCACCACUAUACGUACGCAACAAACGCUUCAAGCUGUGGGGUAGCACACGCACCGCUCUGUCUACUCUCUUUCAA